AUGGCUGAACUAAAGAAUGGCAAACGUUCCUUGGAGGCCGAUGCUGCAGACAAAGAAGACUUCGAAGGUGGCCACAUUCCGAAGAAGUCACUCUUGGACGCCGACCGGACCGUGGCUAUGCUUGAAACGAGCGAUGCACACAAAUCGUCUGCGAAGAUAGCCAUACAAAGCGUGAGGAUUGAGGUAGACCCCGUACCAACCAAACCGAUGACGUCGUUACUCACCAAGAAAGGGCAGGAGAUGUACCAACUAAAGGAUUUAAAAAGCGAAUUGGAGGCCAUGAAAAGCAAACUGAACAUUAUGAGGAGCAAAUUUGUCAGCGUGGAAAUCAGAAUGGAUAUCCUGGGAAGCAAAGUAAACAUUAUGAAAAGCAAAGUGGAUGAGGCGGUUAACACCAAGAACGACAAGUCUGCAGAGGACAUCCUAGAUUUGAGGAUUGGCAUCCAAGAUCUGGAGAAGGAAGUGGAUCAGAUACAAGCGGAAUAUACGCAAACGAAGUUGGACAAUGAACGGACCAUCGCUGAUCUGAAUAAGCUUUUGGAAAGGGUUGUUACCGUGCUGCGAGAUGUAAUAAGCCUGUUCUGA